UGAGAGGCUGUGUGAGAAGCUGCAGCCGCCGGCAGAGGAGACCUCAGCAUCAUCUAGAGCCCAGCGCUGGCCCUGCGUUCGCCUGCCGCGCCGCCGCCGGUUCUGUGCCUGCUACUGUCUCACCUAAACAACUCCCGUUACACGGACAAGUGAACCUCUGUGGCCGGCUUCUCUUCUUCUUCCUCUUCCAACUCUUCCUCCUCCCACUGCCCAGCCGCAGCAGAAAGCCCCUAACCCCACUGACACUGGCACAGCUGUACACGGUGUCAUCCGCCCAACUUUCUCUCGCUCCUCGGGCUCCCCCACGGCAUUGGACCAUCGUCUUUUAUUUUUUGCAAAGUUGCAUCGCCCCCUCCACCUCUCUCUGCCUCGCAAGUGUCCCGCCGCCCUGCAGCCUCCUCACGGAGCUGCGCCCUAGUGCCCCUGCUGGGCAGUGGCGUCCCCCCCCUUUCGCCCGCGCCCACCCCCGGCCGCUCCGGGCAGACGAUGCUGAAGAUGCUCUCAUUUAAGCUGCUGCUGCUGGCCGUGGCUCUGGGCUUCUUCGAAGGAGAUGCUAAGUUUGGGGAAAGGAACGAAGGGAGCGGAGCGAGGAGGAGAAGGUGCCUGAAUGGGAACCCCCCGAAGCGCCUGAAAAGGAGAGAUAGGCGGAUGAUGUCCCAGCUGGAGCUGCUCAGUGGGGGAGAGAUGCUGUGCGGUGGCUUCUACCCUCGGCUGUCCUGCUGCCUGCGGAGUGACAGCGCGGGGCUGGGGCGCCUGGAUCACAAGAUAUUUUCUGUGACCAACAACACUGAAUGUGGGAAGUUACUGGAAGAAAUCAAAUGUGCGCUUUGCUCUCCACACUCUCAGAGCCUGUUCCACUCACCUGAGAGGGAAGCGCUGGACAGAGACCUAGUGCUGCCCCUGCUCUGCAAAGACUAUUGCAAAGAGUUCUUUUACACUUGCCGAGGCCAUAUUCCAGGUUUUCUUCAAACUACUGCUGAGGAGUUUUGCUUUUACUACGCAAGAAGAGAUGGCGGGUUGUGCUUUCCAGAUUUCCCACGAAAACAAAUCAGAGGACCAGCAUCUAACUACUUGGACCAGAUGGAAGAAUAUGACAAAGUGGAGGAGAUCAGCAGAAAGCACAAGCACAGCUGCUUCUGCAUCCAGGAGGUUGUGAGUGGGCUGCGCCAGCCCGUGGGCGCCCUCCACAGCGGGGACGGCUCGCAGCGGCUCUUCAUCCUGGAGAAAGAAGGGUACGUGAAGAUACUCACGCCCGAAGGAGAAAUUUUCAAGGAGCCUUAUUUGGACAUUCACAAACUUGUUCAAAGUGGAAUAAAGGGAGGAGAUGAAAGAGGACUGCUAAGCCUUGCAUUCCACCCCAAUUACAAGAAAAACGGAAAGCUGUAUGUGUCUUAUACCACCAACCAAGAGCGGUGGGCUAUCGGGCCUCAUGACCACAUUCUUCGAGUUGUGGAAUACACAGUAUCCAGGAAAACCCCCCAUCAGGUGGACCCGAGAACCGCCAGGGUAUUUCUGGAAGUGGCAGAGCUCCACAGAAAGCACCUGGGAGGACAGCUGCUGUUCGGCCCCGACGGCUUUCUUUACAUCAUCCUCGGCGACGGGAUGAUCACGCUGGAUGACAUGGAAGAAAUGGAUGGGUUAAGUGACUUCACAGGUUCCGUCCUCCGGCUGGAUGUGGACACAGACAUGUGCAACGUGCCUUACUCCAUCCCAAGGAGCAACCCGCACUUCAAUAGCACCAACCAGCCCCCCGAAGUGUUCGCCCACGGCCUCCACGAUCCAGGCAGAUGUGCUGUGGAUCGACAUCCCACUGACAUAAACAUCAAUUUAACAAUACUUUGUUCAGACUCCAAUGGGAAGAACAGAUCAUCAGCCAGAAUUCUACAGAUAAUAAAGGGGAAAGAUUAUGAAAGCGAGCCGUCGCUUUUAGAAUUCAAGCCCUUCAGUAACGGCCCUCUGGUUGGCGGGUUUGUUUACCGAGGGUGCCAGUCGGAAAGGCUGUACGGGAGCUACGUGUUUGGAGACCGUGACGGGAAUUUCUUAACUUUGCAGCAAAGUCCCGUGACCAGGCAAUGGCAAGAGAAACCACUCUGUCUCGGCAACGGUGCUUCCUGUCGAGGAUACUUUUCGGGUCACGUACUGGGAUUUGGAGAAGACGAAUUAGGGGAAGUUUAUAUUCUAUCAAGUAGUAAAAGUAUGACCCAGACUCACAAUGGAAAACUCUACAAAAUUGUAGAUCCCAAAAGACCUCUGGUGCCCGAAGCGUGCAGAGCGGCUGUGCAGCCCGCCCAGACGCUGGCCUCCGAGUGCUCCCGGCUCUGUCGCAACGGCUACUGUACCCCCACGGGGACCUGCUGCUGCAGCCCAGGAUGGGAAGGGGACUUCUGCAGGAUCGCAAAGUGCGAGCCAGCAUGUCGUCAUGGAGGUGUCUGUGUCAGACCCAACAAGUGCCUCUGUAAAAAAGGGUAUCUUGGUCCUCAGUGUGAACAAGUGGACAGAAACAUCCGCAGAGUGACCAGGGCAGGUAUUCUUGAUCAGAUCAUUGACAUGACAUCUUAUUUGCUGGAUCUAACAAGUUACAUUGUAUAGUUUCUGGGACUGUUUGAAUAUUCCUUUCCAAUGGGCAUUUAUUUUUUAUCCUGUCAUUAAAAAGAAAGACUGUUAUCCUGCUACACACUCCUGUGAUUUCAUUUUCUUUUAUUAAUUUAAAAAUAGUUUCCAGAAAUGUGCAGAUUCCGUGUGUGUAUGUUGGCACAUUUGUUCACAUGCGCACGUACACACACCCACUCACAACCCCUGUACGUGUGGUUGCAUAACAGAUGGGUUUUAAAAGUAUAUAUUUCCUUGUGUGGAGCAAUUUACACAGAAAUUCCAUUGUAAAUUGAUAACGGAAUUUUUAUAUCACCAGAAGAGAUUAUUUGACUUCCCAGGAAUUUUCUGUCUGUAAUAACUAAAGUCAACUUUAAUGGAGUUUUGAAACAUUACUGUGCAAUCUGAUGGAUCUAAUAAAAAAGGCAAUAUUUUUAUAUUAAAGGACUAUAAUGUGAGAAUGUUUCAGAACUCCCUGAUGAAUUUCUAUAUGGGCAACUUGAUAUAAAACUGUAAUCUUCAUUUUUAUCAUUGUAUCCAAUUACAGAAUGUUAUGCACUUACCUUUUUAUUGGCAGAGAAAUCUGGUUACUCUAGCUUAAUAUCAAGAUUGUUUUCAAGUGUUUUAUAAUUAAAUCAUAACAGCAUAUUCUAAAACCAAUCUUCCUAAAGGGUCUGCUUUUAUUGUAUAUUUUAUUUAACAAUAGGCACUGGGUUUGUAUGACAUAUUUAUAUUUU